AUGGUCCGCCUUACCACUGCCGCUGUGGCUACCACGGUAGCGCUUACGCUGAAUUCUGCUCAUGCUGCGCAUGAUGAGCUGAAGAAUGUGAAGCACAUUGUGCUCUUCAUGCAGGAGAAUCGUGCCUUUGACCACUACUUUGGUACUAUGGCCGGUGUUCGGGGCUUCCAGGACCCCAAUGUGCACGUCUCGAAGAACACGGGCAAAGAUGUGUUUCAUCAGCCCGUGAGCGGCGGCAUGUCGAAGGUCGGUAUGGAUGUGAAGCCGGACUACUACCCUCCGAAAGACGUGACGGAACUGCUUCCUUGGCACAUUACAUACCAGGGCGGUGACUAUAAGGAACGCACGCAAUGCAUGGUUGCUGGUACGAACGACUGGCGCCAGAACCACGCUGCCUGGAACAACGGUCAGAUCGACCGCUGGGCGAUGGACAACACGCCCUACAGUCUGGGUUACUACCGCCGCCAAGACAUUCCGACGCAGUACGCUCUGGCCGGCAACUUUACCAUUGCUGACAGCUACUACGAGUCAGUCAUCUCUUCGACUGAUCCCAACCGUGCCUCGUGGUUCUCUGGCUCAAUUAACGUGAAUGGCAGCGCCGUGGGUGGCGAUAAUGUCAAGCUCGGCGGCCCUGUCAUUGACAACAAUGAGGAUCCCCGCUGUCUCACAGCGGAUGAUGGUUCGCCAUUCUCGUGCCGUCCGCUCAAGUGGAAGACGGUACCUGAGUACCUUUUCGACGCCAACAUCACGUUCCAGGUUUACCAAGACAAGGACAACUUUGGCGAUGACACGCUCGUCGGCUGGGACCAGUAUCAGAAGGCGGCCAAGCACAAGACCCAGCUUGCCAAGCAGGCGGUGUCGCACCCUGGUCUUCAUCGCUUUGUGCAGGAUGCCAUGGAUGGCACUUUGCCUGAGGUCUCGUAUGUCGUUGCUCCUAUGGAGCUGUCCGAGCACCCUCCAUACACACCGAAGGAUGGCGCUUGGAUCCAAACGCUGGUGGCUAAUGCUGUGAUGAAGGGCAAGAGCUGGGACUCCACCGUGCUGUUCUACUCAUUCGAUGAGACGGGUGGCUGGGCAGACCACGUUGUUGCCCCUCUUCCACCUCAGGACACGCCGGGUGAGUGGAUAACCGAUCCCUAUAACAAGACAUUGGGGAAGGUGCCUACUGGUCCAGGCUUCCGUGUGCCGUUCUACGCCGUCUCUCCCUGGUCGCGCAAUGGCGGCGUGUUUACCGAGCAUGCUGCACACGAGAGUCAGAUCCUUUUCUUGGAGGAAUGGGCAAAGGCAAAUGGAAAGCCUUUCCACACCAAGGAAAUGAACUCUUGGCGCCGUCAGCACCUGAGCAACCUGGUUAACAUGCUCGACUUUUCGCACAAAGACACUAGUGUGCUCGAGCUUCCACACGUGCCUCAGGCUUCUAAGGACCCCUUCACGAACAAGUACAAUGGUGCUGAUGUGUGCUCGGCUAUAUUCCUUAAAAAUGUCCAACCCAAGGUGCCGUACGGCAAGUUUGAUGAGAAAGAGAGUCUCCGUGUCGAGACGGGUUACAAGCCGGUCCGUGGUGACAUUACCGAGGGUCGCUACCUCUCAUUUGAGGUGGGCAAACAUGCAUUGAGCCACAAGGACAACAAGCUAGGCUCAAUGCCCGUACGCAAGUCCCACGAUGCGCCUGAGCAGCGAUUCAUUGUACACUGGCAGGGUACGCAGCCGAAGGAUCAGCGCUUCUUCAUUUCGACUGCGUCGAAGGAUCAUCGCCUCUACCUGACCGAAUCUCUGUCUCUGGAUUCCAACAAAAAUAAGGCUGCCGAGUUCUCUAUUAUUGACCUGGGUAACGGCAAGGGCCAUGCGAUUAUUAACACCAAGACCCAGCAACAGAUCUCCAUGGAUGAGAAUGGUAAUAUUUCUAUAAAAGAUGCUGCCUCCAGUGGUUUCCAAGUCUACAGUGUGACUUUCUAA